AUGGAAUUGUUAAAAAAGAUAUUCAAAAAAAAGCCAAGAAAUACUAGUAUGGAAAUUUUGAAUAAAUCAUUCAAAGAAAAGCCUAGAAAUUUAUGGAAAUAUGUUGAUUGGGAUAAAUAUCAUACUCAUGCUACAGUUUCUUCUAUUGAUUCAACUACCAAAUCAGAUGAUAUUGAUGAUAGAAUAAUCUAUAUGGAUGAAAUAGAGAAAAGAAAAGAAAUUUUUGGUAUAUGUGGGGAAUGCAAUGAACCUGGCACAGGAGGUUAUUGGUGUCAACCUUGUAAUGCCAAAAGAUUUAAGGAAAAUUUUAAAAAUUGGACUAGCGGAAAUGAAGAUGUUGAUGAACUAAUACAACAUUCACAACUUAAUGCUAUACAUCAUAAAACAUGUCUUGAAUGGAUACCUUUUGAAAAAUUUCAAAGUAUUACUUAUAUUACCAGAGGAGGCUUUGGUAAAAUUUAUUCAGCUAAAUGGCCUGAAGGACGUAUUGGUUAUUGGGAUAUUGAACAUCGAAAAUGGAUUAGAGCUACAAAUUAUGAAGUCGCAUUAAAAAGCUUGGAUAAUUCUUCUGAAAUUAGUACUGAUUUUUUAAAUGAGGAUAUUGUUUUCUGCUAUGGUAUAACUCAAGAUCCAAAUACCAAAGAUUAUAUGAUGGUUCUAAAUUAUUGUAAAUAUGGAAAUUUAAGAAAUUACUAUUUAAAUAAUUCUAAUGAUUGUAUGAAACCUUGUCAUUUAUCAAGAAUUGCAAAUGGACUGUUAAGUAUCCAUAAUGCUGAAAAAGUUCACAAAGACUUUCAUUCAGGUAAUAUAUUGUUUAGUGGGUCUAUGUUUAUAAGUGAUUUAGGAAUGUGUCAACCAGCAAAUAAUAAAGAGAAACCUGAUAAAAAGGAAGGAGUUUAUGGAGUAUUACCUUAUAUGGCACCAGAAGUUUUACUAAUUCCUUUUAAUGAUAUACCUCAUGAUCAUAUUUUAGCUGUCAAAAUAUGUAAAGGUCUUAGACCAAAAAUUUCUGAAGGCAUUCCUAAACUAUUUGUUGAUUUAAUUAUGAAAUGUUGGGAUGCUAAAGCAGAAAAUAGACCAACUGCUAAAGAAUUAUAUCAAGUAUUAAAAAAAUGGGAUAAAGAAGGUGGUAUUAAUAGUGAAAUUUAUUUUCAGAUGAAUGAAUAUGAAAAAAUUAGAAAACACAAAUUGGAAAGCAAAUCAAGUGAAAAUAUGUCUGAAAGUAAAAAAUCUCAUCCUCAAGCAAUCUAUACAAGUAGACUUUUAAAUUUCAAAAAUCUUCCGGAACCAUUAAAUUCUUCAGAUUUAUCAUUGUUUCAACUUAAUUCAGAUGAUGUCCCAUCAGUAUCAGCAAAUCCAAAAUUAUAUUUUAAUGAAAUUUUUAUGAAAGGAUCAAAUGAGCAAAAGAAAUUAGGAAAUAUAUUAUUUUAG